CGCCUAUUAUAUCUACUUGUACGCUCUCAUGCCCCGAUGCCUGGCUGAAACAUACUCCCCUGCCCACUGCAAACCUCCGAACCUUCACCGUAAACUCCUGGAUCGGAUUUUGCCAGCGAGACUUCAACCAACCAAACAAGCAGCUGAAUACAUAGGUGAAUAGGAGAUGCCUCGGUCGAAAUCCGCGACUCGGCUCUCCACAACGUGUGGUAUGAUUCGACUCCCGCUGGACCGACCUCCGUCAUAGUCUCCCUUACCCCAUACUCUCGGUGGUCGUUAUGUUCCCUGUCCAUUUCCCAAAUCCCUACAUCUAUGCAAGAACAUAAUCCAGAAACUGCCUGACGAAGCAAUAUCGGAGGGGAAGAUGGCAUAGCAUGUGCGCAAGUGUAUGACUGUUGUUCCUCCCCUACAUAUGAGGCGGGUAUAAGUGCUUCUCUUGUGCCACUUUAUCCCUCAGCCAAAAUUCCAUCGUUCUACCUCCGCAUACGAGAAAGUAAUAUACACCCCCUUACUGGAGCUUGACGGAUCUUAAGCUCGCCUCAAUUGCUUUCGCUUCGCAUAUACGGCAAGCCUGCCACAUAGGCUUCGCACUGUCACUUCUAUAUUCUGAUUUCUAGAGACCACCUCCUCCUAACCUCCUGCCGUCAUGUCUCCCAACAAUACCAUCCAAGACGCCGUACAGCAUGCCUCUCUCUCCAACCCAGAACAAUUCUGGGACAAGCACGCCAAAGAACUAUACUGGCACAAGCCAUACUCGUCCGUCCUGAAACGACAGAACAAGACACUAGAGGAUGGCACGUCACAUCCACACUGGUCAUGGUUCCCGGACGGUGAGCUCAACACCACCUACAACUGUGUCGACCGACACGUCCAGGCCGGCAACGGCGACAAGCUGGCCAUGGCCUGGGACAGUCCGGUGAGCGGAUGCAAGGAGAGAUACACAUACUCGGCCCUGCUCGAAGAGGUGGAGACACUGGCGGGCGUCCUGCGCGAAGAAGGCGUGAAGAAGGGUGACGUCGUCCUGAUAUACAUGCCCAUGAUCCCUCCUGCCAUCUUUGGCAUGCUCGCCGCUGCCCGCCUGGGGGCUAUGCACGCCGUCGUGUUUGGUGGUUUCGCCGCAAACAGUCUGGCACAGCGCAUCGAAGCCGCGAAACCAAAACUCAUCCUCACGGCGAGUUGCGGGAUCGAAGGGUCAAAGGGCCCCCUCGACUAUCGACCCUUUGUCGAGGGCGCCAUCGAACAGAGCAGUUGGAAACCGAGCAAGACGCUCAUCUGGCAGCGCGACGUCAAGCGCUGGGACAAGGUCCGAAAGGACGCCGGUCAACGCAACUGGCAGCGCCUCGUCAAGAGCGCGAGGAACCGAGGGGUGAAGGCCGAAGCGGUGCCCGUCAAGAGCACCGAUGGCUUGUACAUCAUCUACACCAGUGGCACCACGGGUCUCCCCAAGGGGGUUCUGCGCGAGGCGGGCGGGCACGCCGUCGGACUGAACCUGAGCAUCAAGUACCUGUUCGACGUCAAGGGACCCGGGGACGUCAUCUUCACGGGCAGCGACAUCGGUUGGGUGGUGGGGCAUUCCUACAUUGUCUACGCGCCGUUGUUGGCCGGUGCGACGACGGUUCUGUACGAGGGCAAACCCAUCGGCACCCCCGACGCGGGCGCCUUCUGGCGUCUGGUGGACGAGUACAAGGUCACCACGCUCUUCACGGCGCCCACGGCGCUCAGGGCGAUCCGGAAGGAAGACCCCGACGACAAGGCCUUCAAGAGGUACGGCGAAGCGGGGCAACUGAGGCACCUGCGCGGCCUGUUCCUCGCGGGCGAGCGGUCGGAACCCUCCAUCAUCACCCACUACCAGGACUUGCUCAGUGAGUACGCCGCGCCCGACGCCCGGGUAAUCGACCACUGGUGGUCCAGCGAGUCGGGCAGCCCCAUGACCGGUCUCGCUCUUCGGCCCGCCAUAGGGCACGACCACCACAGUCGUGAGAGUCACAAGGCCUUGGCCAUCAAGCCCGGCAGCGCGGGUAAACCGAUGCCCGGGUUCGACGUUCGCAUUGUGGACGACGAAGGUAAAGAAGUUGCCGAGGGAAACAUGGGGAACAUUGUCCUCGGGGUACCCUUGGCCCCCACGGGCUUCACCACCUUGUUCAACGACGAUCCUCGCUUCUAUCGAGGAUACCUCAAACGAUUCGAUGGGGAAUGGGUCGACACGGGCGACGCAGGAAUGAUUGAUCAAGAUGGUUAUGUUCAUGUCAUGAGUCGAAGUGACGAUAUCAUCAACGUUGCUGCUCAUAGAUUCAGUACAGGAGCCAUCGAACAAGCAAUAACAUCCCACCCGUCCGUGGCCGAGGCAUGCGUCGUGGGUAUCCCCGACGCCCUGAAGGGUCACAUGCCUUUUGCGUUCGUGGUCCCUUCGGAGUCCACGCCGUCCGACCUACCCGCCACGCCAACCAAGGAGUACUUUGCCAGCAUCAACAAUAUUGUCCGGUCAAAUAUUGGAAACAUCGCUUCGCUGGGUGGCAUCGUCCAGGGUAAAGGCAUCAUCCCCAAGACUCGUUCCGGCAAGACACUACGAAGGGUGUUGAGGGAACUCGUCGAGAACGCGGCCGAAGGGAAAUUCGACAAGGAGGUCAACGUCCCAGCCACGGUCGAAGACAAGGAGGUGGUCGAGGUCGCCAGGGCCAAAAUCAAGGAGUGGUUCGAGGCCAGGGCUAGAGCUCAAGGGACGACAAAGGCGAAAUUGUAAAGAAGUUUGGGUUCAUCUUUUCUCUUUUUUGGGUUCACUAGCCCACCCCAGCCAGUUUGGUUUUUAUGACAUGAUCAACUUGGAAGAUCAGCAGUAUAUACCAUGCUCUACGAUACCCAAUACCUUACAAGGUCAUUGGUUAUGUCUGAGAGACAGAAGGAGAGAGAGAGAAGGAAAUUUGUAAAAGCAAGAGUAAGAGGAAAUUUCUGGGAAAUUCGUCGAGCCCGCAAAUCAUGCAUCGAAUUCAAUGAGGAUAACCUUGUAACGUCCUGAUCUCUUCACGACGUGUCAUACUCUAGGUACUAUUACUGUACGCGUUCUGAAUUGAAGUGGGCGUCACGGCUCAUUGCUC